CCUCCUAUUGUCCCGUUUUUUUCCCUAGGGGUUGGGGUUUUCUGCUGUCAAGAUUGUGGAGCAGGCUUCAGCGACGAGGCAGCCUUCUUGGAGCAUCGCCAUCUACACCCUCAGCAAAACACGUAUUUAAACAAGCAGUCUGACGCAGAAAAGGACAAUGAAGCACCUUAUUUUUGUACCUUUUGUUCACAUUCAUUUGCCGAUAUAAAUGAACUGCGCUCGCAUAUGAAGAAUCAUAAUCAGACCUCUCUAAAGGAGUCUGAUUUUGUAAAUAACCCUGGACUGACAAAGCAACACACCUGUGUUUGCCCAGAUUGUGGGAAAUCCUAUGCUGUGAUUGGACACUUUCUUAACCAUCUGCGCUCACACAGAUCACCUUCUGCAUCAGUUUUUAAUGACCUGGAGCAUUUAAAGAAGAAAUCUUUUCAGUGCGAGUCUUGUGGGAGAAAUUACUCCCGAGCUUCGGCUCUCGAUGCCCACAGACGCUGUCAUGAAGAAAAACUGGUAAAGUCAAAAAGUAGGAGCUCUGGAGACACUGGAGAGACCGGAGGGGAAAUAAAACGCAAUGAUAAUACAAAAAAUGCUUCUGAAAAGCAGUUUGAGUGUUUGUGUGGUAAGGCCUUUUCUGCCAAGUCACGACUAAAAACACACCAGCGAUUCAGCCGCAACAGCCAGUGCACUCUAGAAGAAGAUAAAGAAAAACCAAAGAAGAUCAGCAGUGAAUUCUACUGUGCUGAGUGCAAUAAGGCUUUCAGUAAUCAGCGUGCCCUCUCUAGCCAUCAGAGAUGGCACCAUAAUCCCACCAAUACGCCAACAGAAAGUUUCCAGUGUGAGGAAUGUGGAAAAGUAUUCAAGACUCUGAUGUUCUACAACAGGCAUCAGCGCAUGGCACACAGUGAUGAGACCCCAGCCAAGUCUUUUCUCCAUCAAGUGUGUCAAGUUCAGAAGAAGGCAUUUGAAUGUAAAGACUGUGGACUGAAGUUUUCCAGGGCUUCAGCACUUCAGUCCCAUCAGCUCCAGCACACGGUUUUCAGAAACACAGAGCAGGUGGCUCUUAUUCAAGAAAGAGAGGUGGGGGCUUUGACUCAGGAAACAAAGCUGGGGGAUCUGACUCAAGAAAAAGAGCUGGGGGCUCUUACUCGCGAAACAGAGCCGGGGGGUCUGACUCAGUUUUUGCUACAUCAAGACAAGAUGAACAAAGGUUGUUGGAAAAAGUCUGAGCCCUCUUGUGCUUCUCUGGAAGGAAAGGCGCAACCAGAAAAAAUCCCUGCAACUUGUAAAGUGGACGAAUCUCACACAAUUGAGACUGAUGAAGAUCUGGAGAGCUAUGAACCUGGGGACUUUAAUGUACAAGUAGUUAGUGACAGUGAGUCUGAAGAUGAGGCGUCACUCGAAGACCCAAAUCCCGAUCUUGAGCUGCUGUGUGAAUCGGAUCAGGAUAUACGAGACGAUGCUGACUCUGAACUUUCCCCUGGCAGCCUUGUGUCAAAGUCCAACUUUAAAAUAGUUCAGGUUGACUUUGAUCAAACCAAUGGGCAGUGCACGCUGAUGGAGAGUGGAGCCAAGAGUCAAACUGCGGAGCUAAAAUUCAAUUGUCCAGACUGUUACCGCUGGUUUACAAACCCCUCAUCGCUGCGCAUUCACAGAAUGUGGCACGGAAUCCGUAAGAGAAGACAGCAGCAUCAAGCCAAAAAGUCCAACAUUACAUGUAAGGACUGUGGAUUGAAGUUUACACACUCUGAUUCCUACCUGACUCACCUGCAUCAACAUGCCCUGGAAGAGGAGGAAGCUCAGCUGGAAGACAGCUGGACUCCUGCAGCAGAUCAGGAGACCAGAGAAGACAGAGAUGAGGACAUGAGCAGUGGUGCAGAUGAGGAUGAUGCGAGCAGUUCAUCACAAACGCAGCCUCCAGAGGUAACGCAAGAUGCAACAGCAGCCUCAACGCAGAACAUGCCACAAAAGGGUUACAGCUGCCUUGUUUGUGGGAAGGUUUACUCAUACCUGGAGUCCUACAAAAAACACCAAAAUCUGCACAAAGAGACGUUCUUAACUAAAGCAAACCAAACCAAACCGCAGAAAGAAAGUGCCAGCAGAUGGUCUGAAAGUGCGUCCAGUUUGCGAAAGUACGAGUGUCCAGAUUGUGGGAUGUCCUUCAUCAGACGGACACGACUCAUCAGUCAUUUGAGGGGUCACAGGUCACGCAAAUGCAUUCAAUCAUCUCCGCUCAAGUGUGAUCAGUGUAACAAAUCUUUCUUAAAUGUAAGUUCAUGGACGUCUCACACUGAGCUCCAUAAGCUGAGGCGCUUUUGGUGUUUGAGUUGUGCUCGAGGCUUCUUGGAUGAAGCGUCACUAGACCGACACCUGCAGAGUCACAGCUUGAAGCAGAACGUCCACAACACUGAUGACAAGAGCUCCCAAAAGGCCAAAGAGGUCACAAGUCAACCGAACUUUAGCUUCAGAACGUAUCCCUGCCGAUUCUGUGGGAAGACUUUCCUUCAAAGCGUGAAGGAUGAAACCGAGAUGAAUGCAAAUGCAAAAGAGCUGCAAACGAGGGAGGUCACUGAAGGUGGAGAUCCUGAAAACUCUGAGGAGUCUGACUGCGGAGAGCCCAUGCAUUGCUUAAAGUUUCCCAAACAUCCCAACGAUCCCACACAGCCCCCAGUAGAGCAGGAUCUGGGCAAGAAUGAGCUAAACGUGCACAGAGAGCACAAGUACUGGGAAUGGGAGUGCAUUGAAUGUGAUAUGGGCUUUGAUGAAAUGGAAAAACUCCACUUGCAUUAUAUAAAACAUGCAACAGGGGAGGUGCCUAUACCUCAACAUAACCCUGAGGGAUAA